AUGGCCGGGCUAGAUCCGAAAGUUGCAUCGGUCAUCGACAGAGCGACAAGGGACGAUGACUCCGACGAGGACGCCCUCAUUGCCUCCCUGGAAGACGACUCGGAGCUCGAUGCCUUCAGAGAGCAGCGUCUGCAACAACUGCAUGCCGAGUUCGACAAGGCGCGGCGACUGAAGGCCAACGAGCAUGGCACGUAUCAGGAAAUCAAGGAUGAGAAGGCUUUGAUGGACAUUACUACAAGCACGAAACUUUGCGUCGUUCACUUCUUUAAGCCGGACUUCAACCGCUGCCGCAUCAUGGACACACAUCUUGAGGCUCUCGCGCCCUCCCAUUAUGAGGCUCGCAUUGUAAAGAUCAAUGUCGACAACUGUCCAUUUUUGGUCACGAGACUGGGCAUCCAGGUCCUCCCAUGUGUGCUCGCAUUCAUUGACGGCGUUGGCGUAGACCGUAUUGUCGGUUUCGAAGGUCUAGGAAGGUCACCCGACCAUUUCAAAACGCGGGAACUUGAAGCAAGACUUAUCAACCACGGGGUCUUCGCCAGAAACAAGGUUACUGAUGAGGACGAGAAGCGCAGGUUGCAGAAGAGCAAGGCCCGACAAGACGAGGAGGAGGAGGAAGAUUGGGAGGAUUGAGAACGAGAGUUGGAACACGAAGUGUCGGACUCACGUAUUGAAGCCGCAUGAAUGCCGCUGGUGGUCUAUUGCUGAAGGUGCUGCAAAGCAAAUGAUCUUUUGCCCAGAGACCAAAGGUACCAGCACUACAUUGUCGCUGCCCAUUGUUUCGAUGCGCGAGCCUUGGAAGAGACGGACACAAGCAGUGACCACAACAUGAGCGCUCAAGUUCAGUUGCUGGAAUAUUUCACCCUUCUGGCAAAUGCGCAAACACAAAAAAUUACCUCAAU